UGGAUACGUAUUUUGUCUGUGUGGUUGUGUGUGUACGGAGCUCAUAAAUAUUUAAGCUGCCCAUGUAAAACUCUGGGGUCUCGUUAGCUAACCAUUCCUCUCCAGGCCAGCUUUCUUUCUUCCUCACUUCCCCACCCCAAAAUUACUCCGAUGGCUACAAAAUCCCCAUGCUAUACAUACCAUCAAUAACGUCAUGAACUUAACCUAAACCCCACGCCAAAAGCCGCACACCUCUACCUCUCCCUUACGAAAAAACAUAAACAUAAAAACCCUAAACACAUCCUGCAAUAACCAUGCUCGAAGACGACAUCUACCGUACCUCCUCACAGUAUCGCCUCUGGUCCUUCACCGAAGAAUCCCUCCACUCGAUACGGGCCAAUACCAAUGCCGUUGCCGGUGAGCGAGUUAGGGCCGCGAUACGGCGGGCUACAAGGGAUGUGCGAUCGCAGCAACCAGCAGCAGCAACAACAAUCACAACAACAGGCCCGAGGUCCGGGAGCGGUACGCCAAACGCAACUGGCGAUGCGGAUGAUGGCAAAACGGCGGAGACGGGGGUGGGUAAUGGUGAGCAGGUAGCGGAGAAGGAGAAGGAGAAAGAGAUUGAGUGUCUGACGACGGAGGAGGAGCUGGAGCUGGUGAGGUAUUAUUGUGAGAAGACGAUGGAGUUGGGAGAUGAGUAUAAGCCGCCGCUGCCGACGGUGGUUAGGGCCACAGCAAUCCAAUACCUCCGCCGCUUCUACCUCACCAACUCCCCCAUGACCUACCACCCCAAAUCCAUCAUGCCCUGCGCGCUCUUCCUCGCCACAAAGACAGAAAACUACUACAUGUCCCUGCGUGCAUUUGCAGAACACAUCCCAAACUCCACGCCGGAGGAUAUCAUCGCGCCCGAAUUCCUCCUUACGCAGGGCCUCCGCUUCACCUUUGACGUCCGCCACCCUUUCCGCGGCUUGGAAGGUGGGAUCAUGGAACUAAACGCCAUUGCGCGCGGGGAGGGCGCGCCGGGACCGCACCACCCAGAGCAAACUGCAGCUGGUCUGCAAAAGGCCAUCCAAUCGCUCCCGCCAGCCCCACUGCCUCCAUCCUCAACGGCGGACGCGAAGCCCAGUGGUGGUGGUGGUUCUAUAACCUCCCGCAUCGCCAAGGCACAUCACAACACCCGCGAAAUCCUCCGUUCCGCCGCACAGUUGACAGACGUAUAUUUCCUCUACACGCCCUCUCAAAUAUGGCUCUCCGCCCUACUCCUAGCCGAUAAACCACUAGCGGAAUUCUACAUCGACACAAAACUCAUCCCAUUAUCACCACAAUCCACUACCACCACCUCCUCCUCCUCCUCCUCCAGCCUCUCCAGCCUCUCCAACCCUUCACAACCAUCCUCACACCUCUUCACAGCCCUCCGCACCAAACUCUCCCUCAUCUUCACCGCCUGCACCACAACCCUCUCCACCUACCAAACAACCCACACCCCCACAACCGCCCUGCCACAAAACCUCAAACGCAUCGGCAGGAAACUCUACCACUGCCAGAACCCCGAGAAGAUAGAUUUGCGCAGUUUAAACCGCACCGCGAAGCGCGAGGGGUCCUCUGCUGCUACGACGGGGGCAGGGACGCCGGCUGCGGCUGGCGAAGUUGGUGCUGCGGGUACUGGUCCUGGUGGUGAGGAUGAGGCGGAACUGCAGCGGGCGGCGAAGAAGCGGAAGUUGGAGAGGGAGCGGUUUGAGAGGGAGGGGCAGAGGCUUUUUGGGGGGGAUUUGAUGGAGGAGAGGAAGAGGAAGGGUGGGGCGGUGGAUUGAUGGUGGGGCGGUAGUAGGUACUGUACAUGUACAUAUACAUUUGAGUACUCAUAAUUAGUACGGAGGACGGUUACCCUGUGGUGACCGGCAGGAGUGGUGUGCGUUUUUUGGGGGAAAAAGAUCUGCUACACCUACCUACACUUCCGUUAUCCACCUAUCUACCCAUGGAGUAAUCGGAAUAAAAUCUACCAUUGUGAGAGAUAUGGCUCCCAUUUUUAAUAUGCUUCACGCACACUACAAAAGGGGCUUCAUUGCCACCGUGCCCUGUCUGGAUGGAAAGAGGAAACCGAGUGAAAUGUACAUACUGUAUAUCGUCAGAAAAAUUUAUACACUGUAGUAUUCCCAUAUCAUAAACUGCUAAUUAAUAUCCAAUUGAAUUUGCCUACUGCAAAGACCUCGUUGCUUUCUUUCUUUCUUUCUUGCGUUCAUUCAUUCAUUUGGUCUUGUUUUUUGUUGCCCUUUUGAUAGACCUAUCAUAAAUUCAUUCCUCUUCAAUAGGAAUAUAUGUAAUCGCGCAAGAUUUUCCUCACCCCAAACACAUAAGUUGGCAAAAACAAAGGGAAUUGGGGUGGGGAAGGAGGGGGCCGCCGAUAUGGGCGAGAAAGGUUGCUGAUAUGGGCAAAAAUAAGUACGGAGCACGGAGUAUUCUCUAUAUGCAUUUCUCUCGCGGAUUUUUUUGUUCUGUUAUUUUUUUUUUUCUUUUUUUUCUUUU